GCACCAGACGGGAAUUACGAUGUGACCUUGGAGUGUAUUGUCAACGGUUAUCCCGAUCCGGAUCUAUUGUGGUAUACCGGGGUGUACGAUCCAAUCACGAACAACGUUCCACUGUACGAUAACAAUCGUUAUGAAUUGGAAAAAGCGCACAGCUACGGGGCUGCUGGGACCAAUGUGAGCAUGAAACGCUUCUUAUUAAUUUGA